AUGUCAGAUCCAUCUUCCACUACCAACCCUUCAGUCAAUAAACAAACAAGACGAUUUGCUCCUAGUGUUCGUGGUAGAGGAGCUCGGGCAGGUGCUGCUGGUAUUAAGCGAGAAGAUACAGGAGCUGCAGCAGAAAUUGCUUCAACGUCUUCUGAAGCAACAGCAGCAACUGCACAUGCACCUAAUAAAAUACUUGGUACAAUUCGUCCCGAGCCAUCACAAGGACGUCUUCCAAGUGUUCAUGAUGGUCAGCGUACUCGAGGUGGUGCCGCAAAGAUGAAAUUCAAACCUACUGUACCUACUAAACGAAACAAAAAAGAAGUAUCCACUUCUGCGAUUGAUGAUGCACUCAACUCAUCGGAAGGCUCGCGCGGUGGAUUUGGUGAACGUGGACGUGGUAGAGGUAGAGGCCGUGGUGCAUCUAGAGGCCGUGGUGGUGGCCGUGGUAUUAUCCAAGUAGAAGCUAGUGCAUCAGGUAUCUUUUCUCUCGGCCCAUCGUCAAUGUCCUCUAGAGGACGUGGUAACGCCGGUGGUGGUUUUGCUGGUUAUGCAGGAGAUACAACCUCUCGUGUUGAACAAGAGAGUAGCCCAGAGACAGAUAUCAACAAUAAGUUUGAUAACUUGGGAACUGGUACCAACCCUGUUACCUUCCCUCAUAUCUCACGUACAGCAGGAGAUAUUGAUCCUAUUGAUCUUUCCGUUCUCCGGAAAAAGAUUGCUUGGCUGACUGUUAAGUCUCGUAAAUCAGAAUCCAGCAAUAAUGACGAAGAUGCCGAUACUGAUACUGAUGCUGAUGUUAAAGUCAAGGAUGAUAUGGAUGUUGAUACCACGACAGGGAUCGACCCUUCACACUUAGCGGCUGCAUCGGAUAUAGCUAUGGAUAUUGUAAAUGCAGAAGAAAAGGCUAAGAAAGCCGAAAAACGCAAAAUAAAAUUAGAAGAAGAAACUGCAAGGGUAGCUGGAUUUCCAAAGAUAUUUAUGGACGAUGAUGCACCUGCUCAGCACAUUUUUGCUGUGGAUGAAGAUAAAAAUCUUGUGUCUGUAGCAGAUGAUGAAUUAUUGUUCUUCCAGCUACCCUCACUAUUGCCUCGGUUCAAACAGCCUGAAUCCGAAAAGCCUGUUCCUGCAGAAGAUGAGGAACCCGAAAGUGAAGAUGCUAAGAAAGAACGGUUAGAGAAAGAGAGUCGUGGAUUAGACAUCGAUAAAUUGAAUGAAGGAAGAAUCGGAAAGCUUGUAAUCUACAAGAGUGGAAAGAUGAAGCUUAAAAUCGGUGAUGUAUAUUUGGAUAUCGCACAAGGAACACGUUCUACUUUCCUGGAGAAUGUAAUGGUUGUUGAUGCCAACACAGACCAAACCAAAAAAGCUAUCGAACUUGGACAUAUUGUUCAAAAAUUUGUAUGUGCUCCAGACAUGGAUAACUUACUACUAGGCUCGGAAUAAAUUCUUAAGUAAUAUAUAU